AUGAGCUAUGACACAUCAACACAGUCAUUCAACGCUGUUGAUCAGAUCUGCCCUGAACCUGCCUUCUUGCCUUACUCGGAUUUCGCCGCAGCGGACAAGUACCUUUCUGAAAGAGCAAAAAGUGAGGAUCAUCGCUAUAUCUCAUGUGGUGGGCGGAUCCGCCACCUCUCCAAGGUAUGCAGAAAUGGCGUUCAGCAAGCGGAUGAAGUCAGCGCUAUCGUGUGGAAAGAGCUCAGAAGGUGCUUGCACUUCGACUCGCCACCCAGGGUUCUUCCUCGCCACCUGAGCAUCACAAAGGAUACCGACCAGACGGAUCAGGUCAACGCAACAUCAUUUCUGAGCCUCGGACAAUUGCUACUUGCCAUUGCAGCUGGCUUAGGCUCGCCUGCUGAUGAAGGCAACAUGGCGUUCGAGCACCCUGAGAACGAUGCCUUCGCCGGUGCGUGUGGCAAACGCAGGAGCAGAGACGUGCUUGCGGGGCGCGAUAGCUGGAUAUCUGUGCUCGACAGUGCCUCGACUCUGGGCACAUUCGCUAUUGAUGUGCUGGCCGCAUCCGAGGUGCAGCCACCCAAGAAGACUCCUCAAGCUUCGGAGUUCCCGCCACCCCCUCCAAGGCCAUCCGUCAUACCUGCUCACGAGGCGUGCACCAAGGAAGCCACGGGAGCAAAAACGAUCCCAGCACGUCCAAGAAAAGCUUCAGCCCGCAACAACAAUGUAGCUUUGCCAGCUUCUGAACCCGAGCGUCGCCAAGAAAACGGCUCGCGGAAGGAACUAACGGCCGCGCAUACUGGCGGUCGGGUCACUCUCGAGCAAACACAGCGCCCAGCUCUCAGUCCCGGAUUGCCAAAUUCUUAUCAGAACAAUGGCCGAACUGACCCGCCACUAGACGCUGAUUUGGCAGUCACGUUGGAGGAGUCUCAGCUGCGUCCGGCGCUAACAGUUGGCCUGGGUUCCUUCGGUGCACCAAAAGCGGGCGAAGGAACCAUCAAGUCAAGGAAGAGUGAUGUUGACCAGUGGAGACAGCCACCUCGCAUGGUUCCGAGUCCUGCACUUCACAUAGAGAUGUUGAAGGACGUACCGUGGCCGCGCGUGACAAGCCCGCCUUUCCAGACAAGGCCAACAACGAACGCCCCAGCCCAUUCACGGACGCAGUCGGCACAGACUACGACUACCACCUCGUCUCACUUCAGCCGCGGCUCAAGCGUCACCUUUCCGACUACUGCUCCCUCGUCUCAGGAGAGCUGCAUUAAUGUCGCUGGCUCUCCGGCCGAAAAGGCCCAAAGAGGUGCUACCGGGAGUCGAAGGGGCUUCGGCACGGUCAGCGGCUCGAUCUCAGACACUUCCUUGACAAACAAGCUUUCCGGCGAAUUCCAUAAGGGCGAAAAGGAGCAGCAUGACGGCAGCAGACACAUACGCGCACAAUCGGGUUCUCGAAGCAUCGUGGUGACUGUCGAGCAGUCGUACUCCUAUCAGAUCUUGGAGCCCGUCAGUAAGUGCGAGGCCAUCAUGCUUCCACGACCUCGUCUGCGAUCUCGCAGCAUGGAAGCAAGGUCGGCAGCUGUAGUCACCGCAAUUCACGCAGCCCCCGAGCGUGUUUGGCACCGAGAUCGACGCCCUAGUGUGGGUCAAGCAGCUUUUCUGACAACCCGAACUGCGCCGAUCGGAACCUCUGGCAGAGUGGUUCACUUUUCGCGAUCGAAAAGCAUUGCUCCGCCCCCGUCGAAGCCAGAAAGCGACAUUCGUCUAAAGCUGCAUGCUAGCAUGCCACCGCCUGUUCCUCCGAAGGAUCACUUGUCAAUGCACGCAUCAACGAAGCCUUUGCCACCGAUACCGACUCCAUAUCCUUGGAAAGUGACGUUUUCGGUCGACAGGGAAAGGGCGGAGUCGUUGGAGCUUUUGGAGGCCGCUGAGAUCCUCGAGCUCAAUCGACAGCUAGAUGCAGAGCGACAGGCUUGGCGCCACCAGCACAGCUCUAGCAUAGGCUCCCACGGUUCUCCGUUCUUCGAUCGGCUAAAUCCGUGCCUGCUUGAUCCUUCUGAUGCGGGCGUCGCCACGACGCUCACCAAUCGACGCGUCAGGAGGGCGAAGUCGGAUCUUCGACGCCCAUCCGAGGGCUCAGUCAAGGUGGAACGCCUGUGGAAUCCGGACGGACGGGACUCGACCUUUUUGGUGGCCCAGCCUCAACAGCCCAACAUAUACACGAGCCGCAGGAUGUCGGCCAGCAGCCCAGCGCUCGUUCAAGGCCAAGAUGAGCGUCAGGUGCAGCGUCACGGUUUACUUCGUCAAUUUGCGACAGGUCUGUCGACCAUGGUCAAGCGAGGAAACGCCCUGGAGCGGAGGAGCAAGAUGCCCGACACAGGAUUCACCUUCCCCAAGCACAACGACGGCGGACUGGGACCCAAAGCAGCGUCGACAUCGCAGCUCAUAGGUUUGCACGCAUUCGGAAAAGAGCGUAGGAUCAUUGUCGAAGAGCCCAUCGUCAUUGGUCGGAGCUCCGUGCCAGUGCAUGCUGAGGCUGCGAGGAUAGCGGACGGCGCGCGUGCAAAGGCGCAUGCGGACCUAACGACACAAGCAUCGAGCGUCGCCUGCGGAAGGGCUGUCGAAGGUCACCUUGCCACCAAGUUGCAAGUGUGCAACGCGAAUUCACAGUCUGGCAACGACACACACAAGAAGGAUCUGAGACGUGCAGAGGCGCGCGAUGUCUGGUUCGAUGCAAGCCAGAACAUCAACGUGACGGCUCAGCCCGCCUUACGCACUUCUGCCGCAAUUGGUGCUCUGGGCAGCGGUCAUGUUGAGUAUAGCGUGUCCCAGGAAGAGCGCGAUCAGCUCGAGCUCGACCGUGCAAUUGCACAGCUCGAGGCUGAAGACAGAGCCACAGAACUCGAUGCGCCUGCCGCUUCCAAAACGAGCUGCAGCACGUCCGAGUGCUCCUGCCAAAUGUGCCGAAGAUCUGCAAGCAAAAUAGCGCGGCAAGCGGGUCAGAGCGAUAGUGCCACAGCGAGCUGGCUGAAUGAGCCUGUCCAGCGUCUAGCGCCGGCCGACCGGACUCUCUCCAGCCCCUACGAGGAGAUCAAAGGCGAUGCGACACGGGAGUGCGGACCGUCCGAGCACAAGCUCAAGCGGUCCGAUACGGAAAAUUCGAACCUUUCAGGCGAUGCACAUGGGGAAUUCCGGAUUUGGGAAGCCAAUACGGUGGAUGUCGAUAGUCUCUUCUUUCGGCCGCCUCCAAAGCGGACGCCGACGGACUAG